GAGAGGAAGCGGUUUACAGUGAGCAAUUUCAAAGUGGAAACGAACUGGUCGAGGUAGUCUCUCCCUUAUUUAUCUCCUGUAUCAUUGACACCAACGUUUGCGAGAUGCGUUAGACACAAUAGACAGGCUAAUGCGACAAGCUGCUGAAGAAAGGACGAUGAGGCGGAAAACUAAAGCGCAAAUGAUCAAACCUGGGUGAGGAAUAAGUGUUAGCAAAACGAGCUAGCUGUUUACCUGUUUCAUUUGAACUGUUGUUAUCUCAGCUCUCUCUCUGACACUGAUGAUUCUUUCUUGUUUCACCCAAACUCUAAAGCUUCACCAAAGCUCAAAAUCAACUUGCUGUCCUUGGAGGCUCAUCGUUGGACCUGGCAACAUGCUGACAUGACUUGUUAAGGUUUGAAAGAGUCCUUCAUUAUGGACGACUCGGACCAGGACUUUGUAGAUACCUGCCCAAAACCGCUGAAACGAGUCCGCAAGAAACCCAAGGAGUCCAGGCAGGCAGGGAAAGCAGAGCCCCGCCCCUCCAGACAGACAGGUGAUGGAGACAAGGGCAAGAGAACUAACAAAACAAAUAAAGGGUCUCUGUCCAAAUGUGCAGAGACCCAGUCUGUGUGUAAUGGAGCAGAAGCAGAAGUUCAGCCUGUGGUCUGCGGAGGACAGGGUUCAGGAGAUGCUGGAGCGUCUUUAAUGUCUGAGGCUGCAGCUGCAGGACCAACAAAUGAGAAACGUUUGUCAGCGAAAGUCAAAGUCCUCCUCAAGAUGCAGCAGUUCAAGAGAGUGGCUCCACAAAGGAUGAUGCACAAGAGCCAGCCGUCAAAGCAGGAGGACGAAGGUGAUCCUCCUCCUCCUACCCGGGCACUAAGUCAAGGUAAGAUCAUAAAAUGCUCCUGGUACUGACUGUGGACGGAGGAGUAAACAUGAUUGCUUUUUCUCCUCACUUUUAAAUUGAUCAAUCAUUUUCUGUGCAAAUUUAGAUAAUGAAAUGUCUUAUUUCUAACUAAUUUUUAUCAAGUGUGAUAUGUUUAACUUGUCUGUUUUAAUGCAACUGAGUCUUCAGGGCAAAGAAUGAGACAUUAGUGUACUCAGCUGCAGUUGUUUUAUCAACUUAUUAAAAUUUUGUGGAUCACUGUUUGUUUCACCAAUUUUAAUUUUGUUCACAUGGGACAACCAUCGGGACAAUAAUUCAGACUGUUUUAGAACUCACUGUGUCUGAGUGACUCAUUGGGUCAAGUUUAAACAUAAUUUAAAAGUGAAAUAAUUAAAGGGAUAUUCUGGCAUAAAAUUAAAUUAUGGUCAAACACACUGUAUUCCAGAGUUAGACAACCCCUCCAGCACCUAACUUCAUCAACAGUACAUAUAGGGUCACAGCCAUAGUACUAGCCAUCAAACAUCUUUUUAGCUUUGCCUGAUUUAUUUGGCAGAGACUAAACACAACUCACCCACUUUCCUCCAGCAGCCGCUUGUUUGUAGUGAACAAACCUCAGGCUAGUCCACCAUUGACUGCAGCAGGGUGACGCAGCUCAAGGAAGAACAUUUAUGACCAUUACUUUAUCAUUUCCUUGAAGCGAUAAUCACCAUAUUAGUCAUUUUGCACUGCAGACACGGUAGUUCUUCUGCCUUAGCAUCUAGGUCUGAUUGCAUUUCCAUGAAGAAAUGAUCAUAAAUGUUCUUCCUUGAGCUGCGAAACUCCACUGCAGUCAAUGAUGGACUAGCCCGAGGUCUAGCUACAAACAAGCAGCUGGGAGAGAGUAGGUGAGUUGUGUUUAGUCUUUUUGCUAAAGAAAUUAGAUGCUGUUCUGAGCAUUAUUUGUGGCUAUAGAGUGGCGUUUUGGUUGAGGUUUUUUUAUGGCUCGUCAGAACGCUGUGUAUUGCCAUCGUGCGGUCGUUACUAAAGUUGGUAUAACUAGAGACGCAAGCGGUCGGCAACAUUCAUCUCUUGAGGGGGUGUCUAACUAGGUGUUACCCUAAAUUAAUUUUAUGCCGGACUAUCCCUUUAAAUAUGAUGAGAUUUAAUAUAACUUGAGUAUAACAUUGAAUUUCCCAUAGGGGAUCAAUAAAGUUCUUCUUAUUGUUAUGAUUUUAAAAUAUAACAUUCAUACAUUCACAGUUCCAUUUCUAUAACAAACACAACCUCAGUAAACCCCUUACCCCCUACUUUAUCAUGUCACCUCCCUUUUAUACCCAGAUGCUCCAAGAACCUUCAGCUCAGGUCUCAACUCUGAGCCUCAGGACAGUGAUGAGGCACUGGCUCUGCAACUGCAACAGGAGCUGGACAGGGAGGCAGCAGAUGCACAGACAGUGGACCUUGAAGAAGGCCUCUUCUUCUGUCAGAUCUGCCACAGAGACCUGUCAAAUAUGACCCCAGAGGGCCGCACACAGCACCUCAACAGGUUGCACUUUUGGCAACUUACUAUUGCUGUCAUCUUAUUUGUUAUCUGACAGAAAAUAAACUCAUACUCCCAGACAGUGAGUUUUGAAUUUGAGAAUGACCCGUCUUUGCAGGUGUUUAGAUGAGAGUGAACGGGGCGCCCAAGGACCUCAACCCCCUCCUCCUCCCCCUGGUGUCCCUGACUGUCCCAUCUGUGGCAAGAAGUUCAAGAACCAGAGGACUCGUUCAACUCACCUGAAGCGCUGCUCCACAGACCUAGGCGUCUCUCCAGCUCUGCUGAUACAGGCUGUGCAGAGGCAGGCUGGGGAGGCUAGCGCACCUACUGCUAACACGCUGUGAGUUAGCCUUAGUCACAGAAAAGUGCUAUUGUUCACCUUUUGUUCACUGACACUCGCUACAAUUCAUGUACCUUCUUUGUGAGAUAUUUAUAAAAGAAAGACUCUUACCAUUCACAUAUGGAUUCUCUUAUAGCCUUUAACUAUUUUGCAAUAUUUUAUAAGCUUUACUAUACCUUAACCUAUACCUUGCACGUGUUCUUGGUAUUUGUCUCCUUUGUUUUUCCCUGAAGUUCACAUACUGGAGGCACCAAAAGAAAAGGUCUCUCCAAACCCGGUCUGCCAGCAAGGAAAAAGAUGAAGAAGAAGACUGAACCCCUCGAUGAGGACACCAUGAUGGCUAUGGCUCUGUCAUCCUCCCUGCUGGAACAGGAGAGGGAGCAGCAGAAGGAGAGAGAGUCAGAAAGACUUCUGCAAACAGAGACCGCCCCCGCUCACAAUCCCAUGAGUUUAGGGCCGAAGUGGAGGCCAGACGCAGGUACAGUAACAUCACCUCAUCGCUCCGGUGCAGAAGUCUGUGUAACAUCCCAGUGCAGCACUCCACUGCAGAACUUACUUUAUGAAGUGUUUUUCAAAGUGGGAAACCCUGAAAUCACAAGGAGCAUCCUGUUGUCAUCCUGUAACAAAAAUAUAAACACCCUUAAAAAUACUGUGGUAGUAUAUGCAACACAAUUGAUAAUAAAAAUACCCCGCUUAUUUUAUCAUGCUAUAUUAUACUAUAAUGCUGCAUAGUGAGACCCCAUCUCUCUCCUCUCCAGUUCCAGUUGUAGGUAAGGGGCGAGGAAAGAAGAAAAAGGGAGUUGCUCCUUGCCCUCCUCUCCUCCUCCUCACUCAGGAUGCUAACACAGCUCUGACAAGGCUGCAGGAACGUGUUUCUGCUCUUCUCCUGUGCACCCGGCCUCCCUCCCCACCCACCCCUACACGCUGUCCCAGCACCUUGCCUGGCUGGAGUGGCGCUGCCCCCCUCUGGCAGAAGAGCUCACUUCUGGACAUGGACUCCAUCAGUAUGUAUGAUUUCUACACCCCUGAACUCAGAGAGUUUAUCACACCCUGGGAACCAGCAAUGGUAAGAGAGACCAAGAAGAAAUUCAAACUUCAACUUGAUUGGGAAUUAAAAGGGUCAAGCGUUUGCUCCAGUUACAGCAGAGAUUCACUGAUAGUGUUUUUCUCCACUUGCAGACUGAUGCAGCCUCCUUCAGCACCAUAAAGAAGUUAGAGUCUCCUCUCACAGGGAGCAGGGCCUCCAACCUGCCGUCCUCCUCCCAAAUGGCUUCCCCCUCCCUGGCCCCCUCCACCCCAGGAACAAGUCAGUUUCCAGUGGAAAGCCAGGUGCUGCAAGACCUGAUGGAGCUAGCUGAAGAUGGCAUGACCCUAACACAAUAUGGCUACACUGCUUCAGUCCAAGAUAAAGGUCUGAAAAACACACACACACACACACACACACACACACACACACACACACUUAACUCCAAGAUACCAUGCACAUACACUAACAAACAGACAUUAGAGCGGUGCACAUCAACACAACAUGGUACAAACAUAUUACACUGGUGGACCAGAUUUCUGUAAAAUUUAGUUUACUGAACAUUUUUAAACACUUGGGCAGGCCAAAAAUAUUGUUUAUUGUCCGGACAGCAGUUGUUAACAAUGUCUGGUGCUCUUGUACAUUCAGAUUUCUUUAUUGUUAGGUCAUGUUGAAGUUCUUCAAAAUAGCCAGCUUCAGAAUUAAAAAGCUGGGAAUAAGGAAAAGUUGUUUUGUUUUUUUUUUAUUUCUGAAAGGAAUAAUUAGUCUGAACUGUAUUAGUCCUAACAGGACAAAAUUUAGUCAAUUAUGUUUUCACCAGGCAUCAGUUGGUACACUUUAUGAUAAAAUCCCAGUUAAGUAACACUUGCAGGUAGGGCUGGGUGAUAAAAUAAUAAUGAUGUAUAUCAAAAAUAAAUUUCCCUCAAUAUCAAUAUAAAACAUGGUCAAUAUCCUUUCAAUAGUCUGCACUCUGACAUGUUUUUUGGUAGACUAUACGAAUAGCCAAUGAAAAGGGGAGUUGCUCCGGGUGUGCUUCACGCUGAACCAGUCGUGCUGAAUCAGAACCAAGUAGCAACCAACUGUGUAGUAGCAGGCUGCAGUUACAUGCAACCAUAGCACUUCAACACGUGAAGCCGACAGCACUGUUGGUGAGAGAAAAGAGAAAAUGAGUGAAAUGUAGAUGAAGGCUCAACAGAUGAUGACAUCGUCGACAGCACUGGCACAAAAAUGUCAGUGGUGUGGAGGUAUUUUGGCUUUUUGAGGUCGGACAUAAUUAUGUCGAGUACAUGUUUUCACAAAGUCGGGAAAUACCUCAAAUCUUUUUCACCACCUGAAGCAGUGUCACGCGGCAGAGCACCCACAAUGCAAAAGGUUUCAAACUCCAAACAAAAUCACGACAAACUUUUUCCCAUAUCGCCUAGCCCUAUUUGCAGGUGAAAAUCAGUGUAGUAUUUGGGUGAAUUAAAAAAAAAACAAGUCCUGAUUUCAUUGAAAUUCUUAAAAAUGUUUUUUGUUUUCAAUUUUAUUCCUAGUAUUUCCAGCUACUAUAGAGGUAGCUUCAUCAUUCAUCAGUUUAAGUCUUAAUUGUGUUUGGUCCCACAGCUAAGAGUGCCGAUCAGAUCACAAACCUUCAUCUGAGCGGCUUCGUCCCAGAGGAGUUGGAAGUACAGGCUAGCCUCUGUGUGAGCAGCUUCAAACCAGAAGCAACAAACACACGCUCAGAAGACGCACACAACCGAGUAAGGCAGACGACCAGUCUGUUGGGAUCAGACAAAACUCAAUCUGUAAGGACACUGGCUGUCGGACUAAAAUUUGAACAGUUUUAAUCUUGGUCCUCAUCUUUCUAAUCAUUUUUGCACAAGUUAGUUUUCUCUCUGCAGUGUUUUGAUGCCAUUGCUUCCCCUGGUGUUUCUUCUGUAGGUGGCGCUGUCCAGACUGGCCUCAGACCUAAGCAGCAUGGUUAAUAACCCUCAGCUCAGUGAUGUGCAGCUACAGGUGGACAAUGGAGACGUCUACUUUGCUCAUUCCUUCAUGGUGUAUGCUCGCUGCCCCCUGCUGGCAGAAAUGGUAAGAAAUUUAUCACUGUGUGCAGUUAUAAAACAACACUACAUAGUUAUGUGCAAUCCUUGCCUUACUUUCUAACAAUUCUAACUGCAAGACUAGGUCAGUCACAAAACUGGUGACUCUUGUAGGGGGACAGGAUUGCAGGGUAACUUUCAUUGGGGUGUAAAAUGAUAUGCCACAACAAGAUUAGUGGUAUGUUUCUCACCAUAGGGUAAUAUUGUAAUUUUUGUGAAGAAUAUCACAAUAUCAUGAGGAAUUCAAGAUGUUCCUCAAAGAGUCAUGAAGCUGUGCCACAAUCAGUCAAACUGAGGGAGAACAGAUCAAAACAUCCUGUAUUUGUUUUGUGUUUGAUAAAGAUUAUCAGUGCUUGAUGCUUAGUCAUGAAAUACUUGUAUCUCACAAGUCAUGCUGACAAUAAAUUGGUGUAAUGAUAUUUUGUUAAUAGUCACUCCUAGUUACCAACCAGUAGCAUCAGUUUUUCUAAUAAAGCCCAGCUUAGGCUGUGUCGUGAUAUUCAAUGGAAUCUAAUGACUGAAGCAGCAUGGAUUCUUGGGAUCUGAGUUAGUCCAAAACAAGUCAUAGAGAAAAGAUGAAGAACUUUUAAUUGAAAGGAAAGUUUGUGCUCUUUUCUUGGACUAAGUAUUUUCAAUCUUGUUCAUUUACAGGGUGAUUCUGGCAGUUUAAUAUCUGAUGACUAUUUUCAUUUUGAGAUUCAGAAGUCUUUAGCAGGCUGCUGCAGAUGGCAGUGGUGGCUUCAGUGUACUCAGUGUGGUCAAGAAUGUACCCUAGGGGUGGGCGAUAUGGGCUAAAAAAAUUAUCAUAAUAAGAUUUGCUAUUCUGCCGAUAAUUCUAAAAGUCCUGGUAAAAAAUAUUAUAAUUCCAAACACCAGUUGGAGUGUUUAAAUAAGAAACUUAACCACAAGUUUGAGUGGUAGGUUAUGGAGAAAACCAGUGACAUUAAACGUGUGAAAACAUUGAAAACUCUUAUUGCACAGAGUGAACAGCAGCAGCAGAUCCACUGUCUGAUGUCAGGUAUACCUGACUGCACUCAUCUAAGCCCCAACCUUAAAGGAAAUCCUUGUUCAGUAACGAGCUGCUCAGAAACCUCUUCUUCAUUACCUUUGGCCAUGUUUGUUUGUUAUUCUGCUCCAUGUGGGCUAUGGCUGAAAAAAUACACUUUUUCAUACUACACCAUUUGGUAUUUAGCGGUAGUUUUCACAUAACGUCUAAGCUCCCAGUGUUCGAUGUAGAUAAUAAUGAAAAACAGAGGUCAACUGUGUACUUUUUAAGAGGGUUCUGGUAUUAUGUAUCCAUGUGUGGGAAUUUCCCCUCCUGCGACUAAGAAAAAAAGUAUCUUUUCUCAUCUGUGUGUUACAUAAAUUUGGAUCUGACAAUGAAUAUGAAUUGGAUUGUAUCCAGCGUCUAUCUACACUUCUAACACAGAUGAAUACACAAACUAAGGCAGUAGUGGAUCGAGAGGACUCCUUUUCUCCCUAAAUUCUGCAUCAAACAGUGGGGUUUGGUUGGACUAAAGAGGGAACUUUAAUGUGUUUCUAGUUCGAGAAAAAGAAUCAGACUCAGCCUUUGUUUUAUACCUAGAAGGGUCUUCCACGGGUUAAAUUAUCAGACAUUCAGGAUAACAAUUUGGGUUUGUAAAUGAAAAAAAAAAGUUUUCUAUGUCCUGAACGUAGAUGGAGCUAGCUGAACGUCCUUUGCUCUUGCAAACUGGAAUGCAAAUGAAACUCCUUUGAUGGUUUUACCUUUCCAUCAUCAAAGUCUUUCUUGUGGCUACCUCCAUUAAAAAUGUACAUGAGCCAUGCAAAAAUUUUUUGCACCUAAUUUUUAUUAAGAUACCAAAAUAUGCAACAAUCAGGCUAUGGCCUGUAUGUAACAUCAGCAUUUGACCAUCUUAAUGACUGUCCUUAAAUUUCUCUGCUCCUCUGACAGGUACAUGAAAGUGGUUUUGGAGUGCAGGAGGAAGGCAUGCCUGCAGCUCAGAGGGUCUUAAUAAAUGACAUCCCAGGACAGGCAGUGUUUACUUUGCUGCGUUACCUCUAUACAGCCCACUGUACCGUCCCAGCAUCUGUGCGACCUCAUGUUAUGGAACUGGCGUCAAGGUUAGUAUCCUGUGUGAGACUUCACUGGGAUUAUUAUAAGCAGUGUGAUGAGGCAUGUUGUUUCUUAAAGGAAUAUUCUGGCGUAAUUUUAAGUUAUAGUCAAACACACCGUAACACUGAGUUAGACACCCUCUAGAGAGAUGAAUGUUGUCGACUGCUUGCUUCUCUAGUUAUACCAACUUUACUAACGACCACAGGAUAGCAAUACACAGUGGUCUAUGUCUCCACGCACAAACCUUAACCAAAAAGCCACUCUAUAGCCACAAAUAAUGUUCAGAACAGCACCUCACUUCAUCAACAGUACAUAUAGGGUCCCAGACAUAGGACUAGCCACCACACAUCUUUUUAGCUUUGCCUGAUUUCUUUAGCAAAGAGACUAAACACAACUCACCCACUCUCCUCCAGCAGCCACUUUUUUGUGGGGGAGCCCUGACGAGUCGAUCACUGAGUGCAGCAGAGUUUCACAGCUCAAGGAAGAAAAUUUAUGAUUAUUACUUCAUGGAAAUGCAGUCAGAGUUUUUGUGUAUCUUGCUUGUGCACUGCAGAUGCGGUAGUUCUUCUGCCUUAGUGUCUUGAUCUGAUUGCAUUUCCAUGAAGUAAUAAUCAUAAAUUUUCUUCCUUGAGUCAGGGCUCCCCCACAAACAAGCAGCUGCUGGAGGAGAGUAGGGGAGUUGUGUUUAGUCUCUUUGCUAAAGAAACCAGGCAAAGCUAAAAAGAUGUUUGGUACCAAGCACUAUGGCUGGGACCCUACGUGUGCUGUUGAUUAAGUUAUUAUUUGUGGCUAUAAAGUGGCUUUUUGGUUGAGGUUUGCACGUGGAGACGUAGACCGCUGUGUAUUGCUAUCAUGCGGUCGUUACUAAAGUUGGUAUAACUAGAGAAGCAAGCGGUCUGCAACAUUCAUCUCUUGAGGGGGUGUCAGUGUUACAGUGUGUUUUGGCCCUAACUUAAUUUUACGCCGGAAUAUCCCUUUAAUGUGAAAUACUGUGCAUAGAUUUGAUGGAGCUCAGUUCGUGGUGUUUUUUUUUGUUUUCUUGGGUUCUAUGUUAAGCAGCACAGCACUGAAUAUUUCAAAGACCAGUCUUUUUGUUUCAUUUUGUUGUGUUUAGGUUUGACUUGCAGGAGCUGCAGCAGCUUUGCAGGCUUCAAGGAGAAGAUACAGAUUAUCAAGACGAUGGAGAAGACUACAUGAUCCAAGAGGAGAAUAUCAACAACCAAACAGAUCAGGCAUUAGUGGAGCUGCUUCGCUCCAUGUGGAAUGAAGAAGAUGAUGAAGGAGAGGAAGAAGCAGACAAAGAAGGGAAUGAAGAUGGAGGAUUGGUGGAAGAUCUUCAAGUUGGUGACAUGACAGCCGCUGAUAUCGAGAUCCAUGAGGAGACAGUGAAUGAAGAAGAACUGGAGGAAAUUUAUGAGUUUGCUGCCACACAGAGGAAGAGGGAUGAGGAGGAGAGUGUGGAGGAGGAGGAGGAGGAGAAGGUAGAUGAGGGGGAAAAUGAAGAAGGGGUGUUUAACAAACUUUCAGAACCACGACAAAGCUCAGAAAAUAACAGCAUAAAAACUCAGCUGCAGGACUCUCAAACUAAACCAGACCAUAGCCUGGAUCGAAGCUACAGCCGCCUCUUUUCAGACUCCUGGGGCGUCUAUGAGGACCCAGAUCCCUCUCCUCUGCCUUCUACUUCCUGUCCUGCUAAGACAUCCACCUCUGGAUCCCUACUGCAACAAACCCCUCAUAGAUUAAUAUCUAAUCUGUACUGCAGAAGUUUGGCACAGUCUUCAAUGACUGUACAUGAGAAGAAUUCCCUCAGUCCUCCACCAUGUUCAACCAACCUGCCAAUCCUGGGCCAUUCUCCUGGUCUAGGAGACUUAGAAACACAUACGACUGAACUGCACAAAGAUAGUCCUCCUUUAAAGCGGGAAAUCCAAGGUCCUGUCAGCCUGAAAAAGAAGGAACCUGAGCUCAUAGUUUUGUCUGACUCAGAGGAUGAGAGUCUGCUGCCAUGCUCUCCUCUGGCAGUCAAGGACCUGCAGAGCUCCCGCACCCAGAUCAAACCUCAGCCAGCCAUGAAUACUAGUGAACCCAUCUUUGAGAGGAAAAAAUCCAGCACUUCAGAUCCUAGUCCUGUGAAUGUAGCACCUGUUCAAAGCUGUUCAGUAGACUACUCUCCUGAAGUGUCCUGGCUGAUCUCGCCCACGCCUGUCCGGCAGAGACAGAGCACCACAAGUAGCUCCACGCAGACCAGAAACAGCAUGUCCAGGACCCGGCUGUUCCCUAAGCGUGACUCUUCCUCAUCCUCUGUUUUCUCUUCUCCUGCUUUACCGUUUAAUAACAGACUCAAAACCUCAAACAGUCCAACCAGAGUGGCUUCCCUUGUUAGCCCAGCAGAGGGCAGCACUCCCAAGAUAAAGCUGGGGGAGAUGGAUCUUAGUUUGGAUCUAGAUUUUUCCCCAAAAGGAGUGAGAAGUUGUGAUUUAAAUAAGAACAGAGAUGUUGUUGUAGUUCAGAGCAGCCAAAUGAAAGCCCCAGACCCUUCAGUCUCAAAGUUAUCAAAGGAGGACACUCCCCUUCACUCUCAUCUCCAGCCCUACAGCAGCACUCCUCUGCACACAGAGCUCCCCUUCCCCCCCAAAUAUACGUCCACAUCUCCGCUCUAUCACAGCCACAAUGAGCAACAGUCGCCAAGCCGACAAAGUAAGCCGGAACCUUCAGAAAGCCUGGAGAAAACCGAAUUAGGAAGUUUUCAUCUCUCCCCCCUGCCUGACCCCACCGACCUCGCUUCCUCUUCCUCCUGUAGGGGUCUUCAGAGCCCUCAAAGACACCGUGAAACAUCUCAUCAAAGUCAACGUUCUGUGGAGUCAAGCAGGCGCAGUAACACAGGGUCUGAGUCUGCAAGCAGUGGAGUAAGAGAUAAGGAAAGAGGAGGAGAUGUAGAGUGCAGAAAUCAACACAGAAGUGAUGAAGAAGAGCAGGACAGAGCAGAAACAGAAGCUAAAGAGGCAGAUUCUAGCUCCCAGAGUUUCAUGGCCAUGGACGAGCCCCCAAUAGCCUUCAAUGACUCGUGGGGCCUUGACCCCUGCAUGGAGGCAAACCCAGGCUGCUUUAGUCUGAGGCUGGACGACAGCGCAGGGUCAGGCCAGCAGGACCGCAGCCUGACAGGAAAAGAAGCAGCCAGUUCAUCCUCAUUUACUGACCGUCAGCUGUCUCCGGCUGCUCUCAGCGUCAGGUCUUCAAAGAGUUGUCGUGUUGUUGGGGAAAUUUCUCCAGCCAAGCCUCGCCUACCAGACUCCACCACACAUGAGAUGAACAGCCUCCUGGACUCUAAAAUAUGGGACAGCUGGAAGGAGGGGGACGAUGAGGAGGAGGUUGAGAAAGAGGAAGAGGCUCUUCCUCUCUUUCAGAGAUUGAACCCCUCUGCACCGCACAAAACACCGGGUGAGUAACUAACCGCACAAAUGUGACAAUGUUCAGACUUAAGUAAGAGUAAUAUUGCAGCUGUUAGAGCUGCUGGUUUCUCCCUUCUUCUCCCAAGACUCUAAUGUCAACAGGAAAGUUUACUGUCAAAUGUUAUUAAAUCAUCUUUAUCGAAAUACUUCAAACAUUGCAACUUCCAGUACUUGUUGAAAGUGUCAGUGUGCUACUUCUUAGGCCAGCUAUCCACCAGAGGACUUGGAGAAGAUUUGGAAAAAAACUCCUGGAAAACUAUCAGCUCACAUGGAAAGACAAGUGUUUAGAGUUUUUAGUCACAGCUUAGUCUCAGACUGAGAAUUUAAAAAGACUAUGAAUCUUGCAGGUCACUAUUUGCAAGAUUCUUUCAGCAUUUUUAGACAGUUCAGUUGGGGGUGCUCAUUAAUCAGUUGUGUGUACGUAUAUGACAACUAAUAUUGCUUAUUAUGUUGUGGAAAAUCCAACAUAAACUCAUUAAAACAAUGCGCAGGAGACAGGAUGAGAUUUGAAGUACAGCCUGGCCGUCUUUUAUUUGUACAGAUGUAGAAAUCAGUAUGGAUGACAAACAGAGUCUUGACCAAGACCGAGGUCAACCGAGGUUUCUUCUACUUCCUUUUAUGCUGUUAGGUGUGUGUGUGUGCGCGUGUGUGCAUGAGUAUUCUGUCAUCAUGGGUAUAUUACAUCAAUUCUCCAGAAGGCUACCCACGAUGACAUUUCUGACCCUCAAUACUUUGUUUAGACUCGCCUUAACUCUCGCAGAGAUUAAAUGUUCCAACAGACAGAUAGUUCUGGUCUCUGCACGAAAGCCUUGCUUACAACCUCAGGGUCAUGAGGCUGCAUAAGCAGGCCAACCUUGAUUAUUUGUAACUCCUUACUAAAAUAUAAUUACUCUAUAUUUCUUAACCUAAAUUUAUGAAAAGAUUCUACUACAAUGACAACUAAUAUUAAUACUCGGUAGUCAGCAUGCACACCCUGAGGUGUAGCCUGUGUGCGUAGUCUGUGUGCGCAGCAUACACUGAUACAUACAUACUGAGUCCAAAGUAGCGCAUAAAAAAAACUUGUUAAAACAUGUUACGUCACUGCGAUGUCUUGGGUUUGCAAUAAUUUCAAACAAAUUUAUUGGAACAGGUGUAAAUCCUGUGGAGUCUACCCUCUCCCUGCCCCAGUGGCCAGUCUGACUUUGUGACCAAAUUUCCACUUUACCAAAUAUUACCUUGUUAAAUAAAAACCAGAGUUAAAAUUUUGUGUGUUUGAUUUCACAUGUAAUCAGCUGAAGGAUCAAGUCACGACUGUUUGAUUUUCUGGCUUCAUUUCAAAUAAUUUCAUUUUAUUCAGAUAUCAGAGAGUUGUUCUGAGCACUGUUUUUGUGUGUAUUCCAGCAGCACCAUCACGCAACAAAAGGCGUCGCACCUUGGUUCCCAUCACUCCCAUGCCCCACUAUUCUGACAUGGACACACCUGAGCUCAAGAACAAACUCGGCAGGUCAGUGGGUUCUCCCUCGCCCCACCCUGAGCUGAAAGAAAGCCUGAUGAAGGGCCACAUGUUUCUUCCUUUCUAAUCAAAGCCUUUAUCUGGGAAGCCUAUCCAAUUAGCUCCUCUGUGCUCAGAGCCAUCUAAGUCUGCCUGGAUUUGCUCUCUGUCUCUUGUUUUCCUCAUGUCCAUCUGCUUGUUUUUCCUUUCCCUCAUAAACCACACUCCCUGUUUUCUCCCUUUGGCAGAUUUGGAGUUCGAGCUUUACCAAAGCGCCAGAUGAUCCUCAAACUGAAAGAGAUCCACCAGUACACCCACCAGCUGGUCAGCUCGGACUCUGAGAGUGAGGUCCCAGCUCAGGUGAAGCCCCCACCCACCAACUCAGUGGCUACUGGCAGCAAGCAGGCCCCCCGUGCCCAGGCAGCAAGGUUUAAAGAGCCCAGAGCACCGGCUGACCCCACCCCUCUAGAGCCCAGCAGAGGGGAGGAGGUGGAGCCGCUGUCUGCCUCACAGGGCUCCAACACCUCAUCUACAGCUGAGGAGUCUGAGAGGUACUGUUUACCUAGUUUACCUUUAUAAAUCUAUAAAGGUAAACUUACACAUUUUAUUUAUCAAGUAUUUCAUUCUUCUCUUUUGUUUUUAAUUUUGAUGAUAUUGUAAGUCAUGAAAAUUGGAAAUCUAGUUGUGCUAAAAUGAUGCUUCUUCACGACUAAUUACUCUUUCGAUACGGGUGUGACCUUUAGCUCUGCUGCUAGGCUGUUGAAUAACAGGCCACUUCUUUUUCUCCUUGGCCCAAGUAAGACUCAGGUUCACCUGGGCAGGAGUGGCUUAGUGUUUUGAAAUGAGACAGCUGAAGCCUCUUUCCUGAAGACAUCUGUGUAUGGUGGCUCUUAAGGGCUCUAGCCUUUGUCCACUCCUCUAAAAGCUGUGGAUACCAGUUGCUUGAUCACCUUUUCCUCCCAGUCAUCUUCCCAUUAUAGACUUCGAUAUAGCACUCUGUCAUCAGCCAGCCUUCUCAGCAGUGACUGUCUGUUGAGGGCAUCGAUGAUUGGCAUUUGAACACCUGUGAAAUCAGCAGUCCUCCCCAUGGAUAGAGAUACAUGAUGUUUAUAUGGUUUGAAUAGAGAUGCACUCUAAUUCACAAUGAGGCAGUCUUACUUUGUGAGUUAUGGUUUUGGAUUUCUUUGAACUUCAGGCCUUUAUUAUCGUUUAAACACUUGGAACAUCUCUCUUUACUUGUAGUGAUUCAAGUCUAUCACAUGUUUCUAAAAAGACUAGUGAAAAAUUUUGAACUCAUUCAUUCAUGUUUGUUUUUGAGAUGCACCUGUCUGUUCUCUGAGAGUAAAUCAAUUGUAUGCACAAAAGCAGUUUUUUUUUUUACACAAUUUACUUAAAGGGAUAUUCUGGUGUAAAUUUAAGUUAGGGUCAAACACACCCUAACACCGAGUUCAACACCCCCUCGAGAGAUGAAUGUUGCCGACCACUUACCUCUGUAGUUAUAGCAACUUGAGCAAAAACCGCACAAUAGCAAUACACAGCGGCUUAUCACUCCAUGCGCAAACCUCAACCAAAAAGCCACUCUAUAGCUACAAAUAAUGCUCAGAACAGCACCUAACUUCAUCAACAGUACAUGUAGGGUCCCAGCCAUAGGACUAGCCACCAAACAUCUUUUUAACUUUGCCUGAUUUCCUAAGCAAAGAGACCAAACACAACUAACCCACUCUCCUCCAGCAGCCACUUGUUUGCGGGGGAGCCCUGACAAGUCGAUCACUAAGUGCAGCAGAGUUUCACAGCUCAAGGAAGAAAAUUUAUGAUUGUGUAUUGCUAUCGUGUGGUCAUUACUAAAGUUGGUUUAACUAGAGAAGCAAACAGUUGGCCACAAUCAUCUCUUGAGGGGGUGUCUAACUCGGUGUUAGGGUGUGUUUGACCAUAACUAAAAUUUAUGCUGGAAUAUCCCUUUCAACACCUGAAACAUAUUUCUUUACUUGUGUGAUUCGAGUCUAUCACGUUUCUAAAAAUACUGAUGAAAAAUAUUAAACUCAUUCAUUCAUGUUUGUUUUUGAGCUGCACCCAUCUGUUCUCUGAGGGUAAAUCAAAGCAGUUUUUCACACUAUGUACUCAAACAAGUAUAACUUCCAGAAAUUGUGUUACAAACCUCACAUCUGCCCAGGUCACAGAUUUAUUUGUUACUUAGUUAGUUACUGGGCUUGUAGAAAACUAUGACAAGUUUAUUCAUGUGGGAUAUUUGAUGGUGCUAUUUUCUUCGACAAUUCUGCCCACUUAACCUUUGACUGUGAAUUUAAAGGUUUUCUUUUUCUUAAAUGGGGUCAUAUGAGGUACUUCUCUAUAGUUGAUCUUUUACAUACAGUAGAUAACAAGCAGCAUGACUCCUGUUUAGAGUAGCCGGCUGGAGUUUCCACAUUUAAGCGAAUCCAUGACCCCCGGCAGACAAGGUCACAAACCCCUUAAACUUUAACUACCUAAAAAUAUAUUUCUCUGCAGGUCCAACCCAGAGCUGUGUGCUUCCUCCGAUGGCGACUCAGACAGCGACAACAGUAUCUCUGCCUCUCAGGUGGCGUCUCGCCUCCAGGAUCGUCUCCAGGCAGUGCGUUCCUUCAUCCUGUCUGACUCUACAUUAUACACGCAGAUCCUCCAGUACAAACCUCUGGUCCUGUCUCAGCUCCAGGAGAGACUCAAAGCAGCAGGGAUCCGCUUGGGUGCCACCAAGUUGGCGGACUACUUAGACUCUCAGUGUAUCACUUUUACCACUGCAAAACCAGGCCACUCUGCACCAAGCCGCAGGCGGGUGAAGAAGUUGAAAGCAGCAGGUGACGGUCGAGUUGGCAGGAAAAAAGUGACUACAGCUAUGAUUUAAAGUUGGGAGAAAAUGCCACUUAGAAACUGUAGUUUUAACUUAAUUCUUGCUGCUUUUUUAAAAAGAAAAUGAAGGCUGAAGAAGUGAAGCUAUGAAAUGUAGAAAAAUGUUUUAAAUUGUUACAACUUAAUUUAAAACUAUGUGAACCUUUAACAUGUUUCAUUAUGGACAGAUUUUGUAUCUUAAGUUAUUUUGUUUAAAAUGUUUUUUUUUUGUCAAGACCUAUUGUGUGAAUGAAAAACAGUUAUUGUCACAGACACAAAUGGUUCUUCUGCAGGCUGAACAAUAAUAAAUGUGCUGUUUUAAAGAUUUUACGCAUUCUACUUCGUGUCAUGAAUAUGAUGCUAAAUUCAUGUGUUAAGUCAUGUCGUGGAUUCAUGCAUGUCAGUAUAAGGGGGAUCACCAAAGAAAUGGGUCAUCAUGACACAGCCGUUUUGAAAAACAGUUUACUUUUGCUUUUCAACAAUUUCAUAUUAAAAGAUCACCCAUGACGUACAUUCAGCUGAGCACACUUCAGAAAAGGAGGCAGUUUCUUUAUCUAGAAAAAUCUCACAGCUUCAAUCUGAUUCAUCCUCUACACAGAGAGAGAGAGAGAUGGGUCCUUCUCCUCAGCGCUGCCAGAGUCCACAGUUACAAUUGCUGCUGAUGCUUCGGCGGGCUGUUUUGUGUUUGCCCAGUUUUCUCUACAGCAGAGUGAAGCACAGGACAUCAAAUCAGAUUCCAAUGCAUUUCUGGCCUUAAGUACCACAUAACCUGAAGACGCUCUCGCCUCCCCUCCACCUCUACGAUGGAGCAUCCAUGCAGGGCUUCCUGUCCUGGCUCAAAGCCUCACACAGUCAUGACAGGUUGGCGAUGUUGGCGAGGAAACGCUGAGCCCACCACUCCUCCAGGUCGAUGGGCACAAAGUCUGCAUGGAAACAAAAUUAAAGUAUAAUCAGUAAUCUACUACUGAUUUAUUUUCUUCAUUAAUUAUUGAUUUGUCACAUGAAAACCAAAGUCGCCUGUACUUCAAGACUAAAAAGACCAGAAGAUGUGACAAUAUGUUGAUAAUGCUGUUCUGUCUUAUCUUGUUAAAAGCAAAAUGGGAUGUUAUAUUACUUAUGUUAAUUUUACAAUUUCAAGUCUGAGUCAACAGUGUUGAGGAACUGCCUGGAGGGGAAAAAUGUAAUGUUCCGUUAUUGUAUUUUAUUUAGUUAUGUUGUCCUUGGAGCAUGUGUGGUGAGGUUGCUGCCUAGCUAUCAGUUGAAUUAGGUGUGCUAUUGCCUGCUCCUGAUGUGUGGACAGGUAGUAGGCUGGUAAGGAGCUCUAUUUUGAUAUUAGGAGGAGAAGUGACAUCACCGCGGUGCAGGGGGAACCCAUCACAUCCAUUUCCCAAAUGUCCGUGUCACAGCAGUAUGCAGAGCUUUGUUAGUUCAUAAUUUGUAAGUUUAAUCAGUAUUUUUAGUCAUCUUUGAUUCAUCCUGAGGAGGUCAAUGUUCUUUGUUGUUCUAAAGUCACUUUUCUUUUGUAAACAAAGUGUAUUAUUGUUAAAACCAGAUAGUACUGAAAGAUAGUAGUGUGGCUGUUUGAGAGAUGGAUGAAAUGGGUCCUUUUCCAUGCUGUGUCCAAGCCACCCCUAGACGGGUCAUAACAACUACUAAAACAUGUCAGGCUUUACAGUCACCGAAUUCACCACUUCAUUACAGUGUCCGUAUGCCAACCAACCCUAUCAACCAUUCAGAACAAAGCACCGUUGAGGCUGGCUGGAAUUAUAAACAUACAGACCAGACGAUUCUUUAUUUGAUUUGGCCUGGCAUUUUCAGGGUAAGGUAUUCAUUAUUUUUAAUCAUCAUGUAAGGGAUGAUGUACAGUAAUAGUAAGCAAUGGUUGAGUAAAAUAGAGUCCCGGCAGGCUGGUAACAGUAUUCAAAUAAGUCUGAACUCUGUCAUGUUUCAGUCUACACAUCAGUCUGCUCAGCUGCAAAAAGUCACACUUACCUAAACGUCAUUCACAGUAAGGCUGUUGUGAUAUCAGAUGUUCUCCUCACAACUAUUGUGGCCAUUAAAGAUAACGAUGGAAGACUUGAGAAUAAAACCAGACAAUCCAAGUUCGAAAAAAAGGACAAGGGUGGAACAACACUUAACUUCACAAACCUUACCAAGAAACACAACUUACUUUUCAUCCUCCAUUUCCAAUAACAUUCAAAUCUAUGAUUUAUCCACAUCAGGAGCCCUGUCACUGAAAGCUUUAAGGAGACGACCACUUCAUACACAGUAUUUUACCUUGAAUAAUACUACUUCUAGUAGACCGAAGUUACAGAGCUGAAUAAAACGAGUUAAAAGAAGCAUUAGAAAGUCUAAAUGUUCAAUUGAUCAAUAACCUGAAGAGGAACGAGCUCUAACCUUGUCCUUGGAUUCACAAUAAAUCCUUGAAAGUGUCAAAUCACCUCUCGGGGCUGCUUUGUCUCCCUUCUCUUUUAUGACAUGUGGCCACCAACGUGAAGGUAUGAACUCACCCGUGUCCGCCACUGUGAACUCAUGGUAUCACUGUUUGCUUAUUUUUAGGACGAUGUUGAUAUUUUUGAAAUUCUUCCUCUCAAAGAUGGUUACCAUUAAUACCAGUAUAUUACCAUAGCCAUAAUUCACGUUAUGUGUGCGCUGGUUGUCCCUGGUGUUGCCCCUGCUAUUCAGAAUUUAUUACCACUAUCAUGGUUUCACUAAAGGAAAAGUUUGUAGAAUUGAUCUUCAGUGGGUCAUGGUCAUAUUGAAACAGACAAAUUAUGCAACAAACUGUGAAAAAGGCAAUAGAAAAGCCAGACAGCCAUCCCAUAAAUUCUAACAAUACCAUGUCCUGGGAAAAAGUGUUACAUGUGGCUUAUAUUGUCACAUAUAAGAAUUAGUUUCUCUUUAUUCCUGGAAGGAUUGACCUCUAGUGGUCCACAAAACCAGAGGAGACAGGUGUGUGUGAGACAAGUCAGGACAUGCUGCAGUGAGCAGUCAGGGCUGGUUUAUCUGGAACAGCCAGGUUUGUGUAGCCCAAAGAAGAGUUAAAGAUUAAAGCAAACUAUUACAACAGUUGCCCUCUGGCUGAAGAUAAAGCCCAGCAAAUCAGCAGCAAGAAUGGGAUUCCCACAGAGAGCAGCCAUUCAGCUUUCCGGUGAUAUUUAAAUAGCCAAGAAAACUUCGAACAAGGCACAAUAAGAGGCUCAAAGUUCAUGGCGCAACAAUUCACAAAGAGGUUUAUGUGGUGCCAUAAAACUCUCAGUGGUGGGAUUAGAUUGAACGGGGUGCAGUUUACUAUGUUUGUAUUCUCAGACUAAUUACAGUCUAUUUAUGAAUGGAAAUUGCACCAGCUAAGCCAUGGUCACUCUGUUUGGAGGUGGGACCCAGUUACUUACUCUUCAUCGCAGCACUGGGGGUCUUCUCGGUGUACUGGAUGGGCCCCCGGCUUUCAGGCGACUCCACAUUGUCCCCGUCCCCCAGCUUCUGCUCCA